AUGCCUCCUCCGCCGCACCAAAAGCCCGAGAAUGUUCUCAAGAGGGCCCAUGAACUCAUCGGUGUCGGUCAGGCUUCCGCUGCCUUGACCCUGCUACAUGAGCACAUCACCAACAAGCGAUCCCGAAAUGUCCCCAUCAUGUCGCUGGAGCCCGUGAUGCUCCUCCUCGUCGAGCUCUCCGUCGAACAGAAGAAGGGCAAGCUUGCCAAGGAUGCUCUAUACCAAUACAAGAAUAUUUCCCAAAACACAAAUAUUGCUACCAUCGAGUUGGUCUUGAAGAAGUUCAUCGAGCUUGCCGUUGAGAAGGUCACUGCCGCCCAGCAAAAGGCCGACGAAGUUCAGGAGAGCAUUGACGCUACAGCCGGCACCUCCAACAUCGACGAUCUCGAGGCCACUGAGACCCCUGAGUCUAUCCUUCUCGCUACCGUCUCUGGCGAGCAGUCCCGAGACCGCACUGACCGAGCCAUCGUCACCCCUUGGCUCAAGUUCCUCUGGGAGGCCUACCGAACUGUCCUCGACAUCCUCCGAAACAAUGCUCGUCUCGAGAUCCUUUACCAGAGCACCGCUACCCAGGCCUUCGACUUCUGCCUCAAGUACACCCGCAAGACCGAGUUCCGCCGUCUUUGCGAGCUGCUCCGCAACCAUGUCCAGACCGCCGCCAAGUACUCUUCUCAGAUGCACGCCAUCAACCUGAGCGACCCCGACACUCUGCAGCGACAUCUCGAGACUCGUUUCCAGCAGCUUAACGUCGCUGUUGAACUCGAGCUCUGGCAGGAGGCUUUCCGCAGUGUUGAGGAUGUCCACACUCUUCUUAACCUCAGCAAGCGACCUCCUAAGAACGUCAUGAUGGCAAACUACUACGAGAAAUUGACUCGAAUUUUCCUUGUGGGAGGCAACCAUCUGUUCCACGCCGCUGCUUGGUCCAAGUACUACACCCUCCUCCGCCAGUCCUCUAUUUUGGUCGCCAGCGGCCAGGGCAAGAAGUCUGAUAACCCACCUGUGUCCGAUGCCGAGCUUCAGAAGGCCGCCUCUUUUGUCGUGCUCUCCGCUCUGGCCAUCCCCGUUAUCAGCACCAGCCGAUCUCGCGGUGCCAUGGUUGACUUCGACGAGGCCAGGAAGAACAAGAACUCUCGCCUGACUCACCUCCUUGGCAUGUCUCAAGCUCCUACUCGUGCCAGACUCUUCCGUGAUGCUCUGUCCAAGUCUCUCCUUCAGCGCGCCCGUCCCGAGAUUCGUGAGCUCUACGAGAUUCUCGAGGUUGACUUCCACCCUCUCUCCAUUUGCAAGAAGAUCUCCCCCAUUCUGACCAAGAUUGGUGCCGACUCUGAGAUGGAGAAGUACAUCCUCCCUCUCCAGCAGGUUAUCCUCACCCGCCUGUUCCAGCAGCUCUCCCAGGUCUACGAGACGGUUGACCUUUCUUUUGUUGAGAGUCUCGCCCAGUUCCCCGAGCCCUACCAGGUUACUCGUGGCACCAUCGAGAAGUUCAUCAUGAACGGUAACAAGAAGGGCGAUCUGUCUGUUCGCAUGGCUCACGCCACUGGCGUCUUGAGCUUUGACAACGACGUCUUCUCUUCCUCCAAGGCCAGCCACGGUGGCUCUUCCGCUGGUUCUGCCGAGUCUGAGACUGGCACUGUUCAGCGUCUCCAGAGCACCCCCUCUGAGAUCGUCCGCUCGCAGCUUACCCGCCUUGCCAAGUCUCUUUACACCACCUGCCAUUACGUUGACCCCAACUUCAACAAGAGUCGCAUCGAGGCUCGCGAGGCUGCUCUCGCUCGCGCCAAGGCUGGUGCCGAAGAGGAGCACCUCGCCAUCCUCUCACGAAAGGACCUUAUCCAGAAGCGCAAGGAAGUUGCUUCUGAGAUUCAGGCCAAGAAGGAGAAGGAGAAUGCUCGCCAGAAGAGACUUCGUGACCAGGCUCUGCAGGAGGCUGAGGAUCUGCGACUCCAAAAUGAGCAAAAGGAGCGUGAGGCCAAGCGACUCAAGGCCGAGCGUGACCGUGUCCGUAAGGAGGAGCUCAAGAAGCAGAUCGCCGAUCUCAAGAUGGGUGACAAGGCUAUCGAUAUCGAUCUGGAGGACCUUGACAACCUUGACAGCAACCGCCUCCGUGCUAUGAAGCUUGCCCAGUUGGAGCGUGAGAAGAACGACGUCAACGAGCGUCUCCGCAUCACUGGUAAGCGCCUCGAUCAUCUUGAACGUGCUUUCCGUAAGGAGGAAUCCAAGAAGUUGUCCGAGGAUUAUGCCAAGCAAGUUGAGGAAGAUCGCAAGAUCUACGACCAAAUGAAGACCCAGAAGCUUCGGGAGUCGGAGCAGAAACAUAAGGAGAGCGUUGAGCUCAAGCACCGACUCAGCCGACUGGUGCCUCAGUACGAGGAGUUCCGUGACUCCCUGCAUGAGCGUCGCCGUGACGAGUUCGAGAAGCGACGCCGCGACGCUGAGCGAGAACUUGAGAAGCAGAUCACCCAACGUAAGAAGGAGGUCCGCGACCGACGUCUCCGCGAGAAGCGUGAGCGUGAGGAGAAGGAGCGUGAGCUUCAGGAGGCCGAAGAGCGUGCCGCCCGCGAGAAGGAGGAGCAGCGCAUCCGUGAUGAGGCUCGCAAGGAAGAGCUUGCUAAGCUCAAGGAGCAGCGAGAGAAGGAGCGUCAAGAGACUCUCGAGAAGGCUGCCCUUCAGCAACGACGCGAAGAUGAAGCAUUGGCGCGUCGCAAGGCCGAAAAGGCUCAAGCCCCUGCCGCUGGCUUCUCCCGUGCACCAGAGCGCACAGAGUCCUCUGAAGCCAGGAGACCUGUGUUUGGAGCUGGCAAGUGGAGAGAGCGUGAGGCUGCCCGUGAGGGUGGUGAUGCACCUCCUCCCGCUCGAGCACCUCCUGCCGAGAGGUCCGAUUCUAACGACCGACCCUCUGCCGGUGGUCCUCCUAGAAUCGCCCUUGCUGGUAACAAGCCCAGUUGGCGAGAGCGCGAGGCUGCCAAGCAGGCGGCCGGUGGUAGCGGAGCCGACACUGGAUCUUCCGCGCCUCCACCUCGCUUCGCGCCCAGGGGUGGUGCGCCACCUAUGGACCGAAGCGGCUCUGGCCGUGGUGAGGACGAUCGAAAGCCAUCUCCCGCUCCACCGGCAGAAUCUCAGCCUGCAUCACGAACAGCUGGCAAGUGGGUUCCUCCUCACAUGAGGGGUAAAUAA